GAGGAGGAGGAGGAAGCGGAGGAGAAGAGGGAAGGAGGGAGCGCGAGGGAGGGAAGCGAGAGCCGAGGGACAACUUUUCCACCCCGCGUUCCUGGUAGCAGAGAACUGAAGUAAUGAGAAGGCAUCAUGGAGGCCCAGUCCCACAGCUCCACGACCACUGAGAAGAAGAAAGUGGAGAAUUCCAUAGUGAAAUGCUCCACGCGAACAGAUGUUAGCGAGAAAGCCGUGGCCUCCAGCACCACUUCCAAUGAGGAUGAAAGUCCUGGACAGACCUAUCACAGAGAGAGAAGAAACGCGGUCACCAUGCAGCCACAGAGUGUCCAGGGCCUCGGCAAGAUCAGCGAGGAGCCUUCGACAUCCAGCGAGGAGAGGGCCUCGCUGAUCAAGAAGGAGAUCCAUGGGUCCCUGCCGCACCUGGCCGAGCCCUCCCUGCCAUACCGUGGGGCCGUGUUUGCCAUGGACCCCCGGAACGGUUACAUGGAGCCUCACUACCACCCUUCUCAUCUCUUUCCUGCGUUCCACCCUCCCGUACCGAUCGACGCGAGGCAUCACGAGGGCCGUUACCACUACGACCCGUCCCCGAUUCCUCCACUACAUGUGCCUUCUGCCUUAUCUAGUAGUCCAACGUAUUCAGACCUGCCCUUCAUCAGGAUCUCCCCCCAUCGGAACCCCGCUGCAGCCUCGGAGCCCCCCUUCAGCCCUCCACACCCCUACAUCAACCCCUACAUGGACUACAUCCGAUCCCUUCACAGCCCGUCUCUCUCCAUGAUCUCGGCAGCCCGGGGUCUCAGCCCCACGGACGCCCCCCACGCCGGGGUCAGCCCCGCGGAGUACUAUCACCAGAUGGCCCUGCUCGCUGGCCAGCGCAGCCCCUAUGCGGACAUCAUCCCCUCUGCGGCCGGUGCCGGCGCCGGGGCCAUCCACAUGGAGUACGUUCACGCCAUGGACAGCACGAGAUUCCCCAGCCCCAGGCUGUCAGCCAGGCCCAGCCGGAAACGUACUCUGUCCAUAUCACCGCUCUCCGAUCACAGCUUUGACCUUCAGACUAUGAUAAGGACGUCUCCCAACUCCUUGGUCACGAUUCUCAAUAAUUCCCGCAGCAGCUCGUCAGCAAGCGGCUCCUAUGGUCACUUGUCCGCGAGCGCCAUCAGCCCUGCCCUGAGCUUCACCUACCCUUCUGCUCCCGUGUCUCUCCAUAUGCAUCAGCAAAUCCUAAGCCGGCAGCAGAGCUUAGGCUCAGCCUUUGGACACAGCCCUCCUCUCAUCCACCCUGCUCCGACGUUUCCAACACAGAGGCCCAUCCCUGGGAUCCCCACAGUCCUGAACCCCGUCCAGGUCAGCUCGGGCCCAUCAGAGUCCUCACAGAACAAGCCGACCAGUGAGUCUGCGGUGAGUAGCACGGGGGACCUGAUGCACAACAAGCGGUCCAAGAUCAAGCCCGAUGAAGACCUCCCCAGCCCGGGGCCUCGGGGCCAGCAGGAACAGCCAGAAGGAACAACCCUGGUGAAGGAGGAAGGGGACAAAGACGAAAGCAAACAGGAGCCUGAAGUCAUCUAUGAGACCAACUGCCACUGGGAAGGCUGCACGCGGGAGUUCGACACCCAGGAGCAGCUGGUACACCAUAUAAACAACGACCACAUUCACGGUGAGAAGAAGGAGUUCGUGUGUCGGUGGUUGGAUUGCUCAAGAGAGCAGAAGCCCUUCAAAGCCCAGUACAUGCUGGUGGUGCACAUGAGGCGGCACACGGGGGAGAAGCCUCACAAAUGCACUUUUGAAGGUUGCACAAAGGCCUACUCGAGACUAGAAAACUUGAAAACGCACUUGAGAUCUCACACUGGAGAGAAACCGUACGUCUGUGAGCACGAAGGCUGCAACAAGGCUUUCUCGAAUGCCUCGGAUCGCGCCAAGCACCAAAACAGGACGCAUUCCAAUGAGAAACCAUAUGUGUGCAAAAUCCCAGGCUGCACGAAGCGCUACACAGACCCGAGUUCCCUCCGGAAGCACGUGAAGACAGUGCACGGCCCAGAGGCUCACGUCACCAAGAAGCAGCGUGGGGACAUACAUCCUCGGCCCCCCGCGCCCCGCGAUUCCGGCAGCCAUUCACAGUCCCGGUCGCCCGGCCGUCAGACUCAGGGAGCCCUUGGGGAGCAGAAGGACCUCAGCCACACUACCUCAAAGCGGGAAGAAUGCCUCCAAGUGAAAGCAGUCAAGGCAGAGAAGCCCAUGCAGACAUCUCAGCCAAGCCCUGGUGGUCAGUCUUCAUGCAGCAGCCAACAGUCCCCCAUCAGCAACUUUUCCAACAGUGGGCUCGAGCUUCCUCUGACUGAUGGAGGUGGUGUGGGAGACCUCGGGGCCAUUGACGAAACCCCAAUCAUGGACUCGACCAUUUCCACUGCAACCACCGCCCUCGCCUUGCAAGCCAGGAGGAACCCGGCAGGGACCAAAUGGAUGGAGCACGUAAAACUAGAAAGGCUCAAACAAGUGAAUGGAAUGCUUCCACGACUGAACCCUGUUCUACCCCCCAAAGCCCCUGCAGUCUCUCCUCUCAUAGGAAAUGGCACGCAGGCCGGUACCAGCUGCAGUCUGGGCGGGCCCUUGACUCUCCUCCCGAACAGAAGCGACCUUGUGGGUGUGGACAUCACCAUGCUGAACAUGCUCAACCGGAGGGACAGCAGCACCAGCACCAUCAGCUCCGCCUACCUGAGCAGCCGCCGCUCCUCCGGCAUCUCCCCCUGCUUCUCCAGCCGCAGGUCCAGCGAGGCGUCCCAGGCCGAGGGCCGGCCCCAGAACGUGAGCGUGGCCGACUCCUACGACCCCAUCUCCACCGACGCCUCGCGCAGGUCCAGCGAGGCCAGCCAGGGGGACGGGCUGCCCAGCCUGCUCAGCCUCACGCCGGCGCAGCAGUACCGCCUGAAAGCCAAGUACGCGGCGGCCACCGGCGGGCCGCCCCCCACCCCGCUGCCCAACAUGGAGAGGAUGAGCCUGAAGACCCGGAUGGCCCUGCUUGGGGACGGCCGGGAGCCCGCGGGGGCCCUGCCUCCCGUGCACCCCCCGCGGAGGUGCAGCGACGGGGGCGCGCACAGCUAUGGCCGCCGCCCUCUGCUGCCGGCCGACGCGCUGGGCAACGGCGUGAGGCGGGCCAGCGACCCGGUGAGGACGGUGUCCGAGAGCCUCUCGCUGCCCCGGGUGCCGCGCUUCGGCAGCCUCCACGGCUUCAACCCUCCGGCACUGCCUGCCUCCCUGGAGAAACGCAACUUAGUGCUCCAGAACUACACGCGGCCGGAGGGCGGCCAGCCGCGCCACUUCGCGGCGUCCCCCUGCCCUCCGAGCAUUACGGAGAACGUCACCCUGGAGUCCCUGACCAUGGACGCGGACGUGAGCCUGAACGAGGAGGACUUCCUGCCCGACGACGUGGUGCAGUAUUUAAAUGCCCAGAACCAGGCGGGGUAUGAACAGCCCUUCCAAAGCACCGUCUCUGAUGAUGGCAAAGGGCCCCAUGGGCCCGGCCUGGGGAGUGGGCGCGGAGACUUCGAGCCCCCCGGGCUGCCCGACAGCCACGCCGGCCAGCAGUACCGGCCGCUGGAGCAGCCUUGCCCUGAAGCCAGCAAAUCCGACCUGCCCAUUCAGUGGAAUGAGGUCAGCUCUGGCAGCGCCGACCUGUGCUCAUCCAAGGUGAAGUGUGGCCAGCGGUCGGCGGCGCAGCAGGCUCGAGCCUUCGGCUUCUACGCCAACGCCAACAUGGGCGUUCACCCGCAGAAUCCCUUAAGGAACGGGGUCGGCCCUGCUGGGGGGUACCCGACCCUCGUGGAGCACGGCAGCUCCUACGGCGGCCCCGAGCACUUAACGAGCCACAGUGGCGGACCGGGCACCAGCGGGAACACCUUCCACGAACAGCCCUACAAGACCCAGCAGUAUGGGAACUGCCUCAACAGGCCGCUCGCAGCCCCCGGCCUGCUGGACGGGGCCUGUGGUGCCGGGAUUCAGGCGGCAAAGCUGAAAGGCACCACGGUGCCGGGGAACGGGAGCCAGCCAGAUUUUGGCCUGUCGGUGGUGCCCCACGAAUCAGCGGGCAGCGCUGUGAAUGGCAUGGCACCCCAAGACCUGGUGGGCCAGGGGUACCUGUCCCAUCAGCUGCUCAACGACCACCAAGGGGUGGGCCGCUCGGGUCAGCAGGUGCUAGAGCAGGUCAGCGCUACCUCACAUGUCAACAUCUAUCAGGGGCCAGAGAGCGGCCUGCCGGGGCCCCCCUGCCAGGGCAGCCAGUCAUCGGGCUUGGCAGCCGCCAGGGGCUACCAGCCCUGUGCCGGCUUCGGGGGCAGCAGACGGCAGGCCGUGCUGAGGGGCAGCCUCGCUCUGCAGCAGGGACAGCUCAGCGACACGAGUCAGGCCUGUAGAGUGAACGGCAUCAAGAUGGAGAUACAAGGGCAGCCCCAUCCGCUCUGUUCGAACCCACAGAGUUACUCUGGUCAGUUCUAUGACCAAACCGUUGGCUUCAGUCAGCAAGAUAUGAAAACUGGUUCAUUCUCCAUUUCAGAAGCCAACUGCCUGCUCCAGGGGGCCAGCGCCGAAAACUCUGAAUUACUCUCCCCAGGUGCUAACCAGGUGACAAGCACAGUGGACAGCCUCGACAGCCAUGACCUGGAAGGGGUGCAGAUUGAUUUUGAUGCUAUCAUCGACGACGGGGACCACGCCAGCCUGAUGUCUGGAGCCCUGAGCCCCAGCAUCAUGCAGAACCUUUCCUACAGCUCCUCCCGCCUCACCACCCCGCACGCAUCCCUCCCGCUGCCCGCGCUGUCCGUGAGCACCACCAACAUGGCCAUCGGGGACAUGAGCUCUUUGCUGACCUCCCUCGCGGAAGAAAGCAAAUUCCUUGCAGUGAUGCAGUAGGCAAUAGGGAAACGGCUGCCAACCAACGUGAAACUUUAGGAGUUUAAGAUGAAAUGGACUCGGGUUUGGGCCGGUUUGUUUUUUGUUUUAGUUCUGUAUGUAUUUUAGCAAUCUCAUCUCACCUAACUGGGAUGUGUUUCAAGUAUAUUCCUUUUAUGGAAAAGGACUCUGAACAACCCUAAAGUAUUCUAGGGAGAAACUGUCUUCCAUUUCAGUUUUGAAUCAGUAUUGUGACACUCAAACCAUCCUCUUGGUUUCCUUUAUUUUUUUUUUUAACUGCAAGCCCCCCCCUUUUUAGUAAACAGUGUAAAUGUGUGAUGUGCACGUUCUUUUCAAAGAGAAGUCAUGCAAGAGUUUCGAUGUGUUUCUCAUACGAGAGUUUUGAUGUGUCUCUCUGUUACUCAAAGGAAAUAGGAGUUGGUGUGCUUUUGACCAAGGGGUUACACUUACAGCUUUUAAAAUUUUCCCUUACAUGUGCUCUGUGUUUCUUUUUGUUUUUUGUUUUCUUGGGUGUUUUUUGGGUGUUUUUUGUUUUUGCUUUUUGGUUUUGAUGGUGUUUGUUUGUUUUUGUUUGUUUGUUUUGGUAAUUCCCACAUUGGGCACAAAAACCAGAAUAUGGAUAGUGAAUUUAAGAAUCCUUUGUGGGUGUGCUGUAGCAGGCAUAGCCAAUUUUUGAGGCACUCCCCAUCCCAGUUCAGGUCAGGGUUGCAUGCAAGCAGGAAUUUGGGACUCUGGCAGAUAAACACUCGUUUGCUCACGGUUGGGGUUUAGAAUUCCUCCUGUCCCUUCGUGCGCUCAGGGCAGGUGCAUCUAUGUGCUCACUUCCCAGUUAUCCACGCUGCCUCUCCGCCCUCCGUCUCCACAACUAUUCAGUGUUGCUCCGCGCUCCAGGGAGAGAAGGGAAGGGUGGUGGAUUGGCAGCUUCCAUCCGUUCUGGCAAGAAGUUAGGUAGAUUGUAGAGUGAAGCUACUGGGUAGAGAUAGUGUGGGGAACAUUUGUGGGUUUGCUGUGUUUGUUGAUUAUAGUUCCAUCUCUUCACUCAUUAUCAUAGAUAACUGAGAAUUGAUUAUAUAUAGCUCUAAGUAUUUAAGUAUUUAAAAGACCCAGUGGCAGGCUAUUUCAUUAACAUACCUUCAUUCCACUGUAGCAAAGGAGUAUUUCUAUUCUAAGUGUCCUAUUUUAAGGGAUUUAUAACAGUUGUAAAGGAAAAAGCUGACAUACAAUGACAUUUGGUAUAAAUCACUUUAACCAUUGUUAGUGUUUGUAAGUGCUAGGGAAGAUGGUCAGUGGCUGAGUGGAUGCCUUUUCUUACACCUUCUCUAUUAAACAAGGCAUCUGGUUAAGAAGUUAAAUGUUCUAUGCAGUUAGUCCUUCACGUGGACUUAAUUGGUAUUUUUGUUUGGGAUUAAAACAUUUAAAGACUAAAAAAGUGCAGCUACUUCCCAUGUGCAGCUGAUACACAUAAAAGACAUACUAUGUGUGUACAGAGUACAUGGAUUAUCCAACAUUUUACAUUCCAAAAUGUGUAAACUAUUAAAAAUAAAAUAUUAACACCUCAGACUACCUUCUCUGUUUCAUCCCAUUGACCCUGGAAGUUGGAUUUAGCCAAAGUGACUCAUGAGUCAGUUGUGUGGCUUUUUGCCCCCUUUAUUCCUGCCAUUUAAAUUCAUAUUAGAUGAGUCAAGUAAAAUAAAACAUUAGACAAUAGGAAAAAAUGUUAGAACCAGCCCAUUUUUCUCAUAUUCAUGAUCUCUCCUUUGGACCAAGAAUCUCAGCGUGGAGGGAAAUUUGCCCUUUGGAACUUUGUGGCUGAGAAAGUUGGGUUUGUUUUCAGCGGAAUGUUCCUGAAACCACUGGGAAGGGUGCCGAGACUUCUCCUGCUGCCCUCCCACAACCAGCACCUGCUCUUAAGUCCAAGGAUGCAUCUGCUUUGGAACAGAGCCCAAAAGCGAAAGACAGCUACUGAUCUGAGCUCAAUGGAUCUGAGCAACAAAAAAGAGCCAGGCUUUUUCUGUGUUCCUCAAAACAGUCCAUGACCCGGUCACAAAAUCAGUGGUCCACUCCCUGAAUCUCUUUUUUCCACAAAAAGCAGAAUCACUACAUCCUAAUCUUACCUUACAUGCUCUCACGGUUUGACCUGACCCUGUUCUUGGUUUCCAAGCUUGGGACCUAGGCGUUCUGCAGCCACUGAGUGAGGACGGCGGCCCCUGGCACCACCCUGCCCUCCUCCUCCAUCAGAGUCCCUCCCCGGUCAAACUCCCAGAUGUGACCUGCACUUCUCAGUGACCCUAAAUUCCUACCUCGCCUGCCCUCCAUGGAAGGACAGACGGCAACUGGCCACCGUGGGGGAGGACCGUUGUCAUCCUGGGUCUCUGCUUUGCCCUGUGGUGAUUCAGGGGAUUCUCCGCGUGGCUACCAUUCUUUACCUUUCCAUGCUGGCUUUUCUUCCUCCGGCCCUUAGGUUUGCAGAGAUAGACCUACUUCAGCGCAGCCCUUGGCUUCUGUCUGUGGAAAUCUCAGAAAGAUGGGGAAGAGGGGAGAGGGAGGAGGAGAGUGUACUUUUCCCGAGCGCUGCGAUGCACCCCGAAGGUCAGUGGAAGGAAGGUCUGUUGGGGCCACUUGGAAGCCUUCUGUCUGUAGACUUGGCUUCUCCUCUGGCAGGACGCACCCCCAUUCUCCAGCCGCCAGCCUCCUCCCCAUGUCUCUGACCCUCCCUGCUGAGGGAGACCGCAGCGACUCACGAGUGACCCCCCCUUACUUCUCAAUGCAGGCUCGUGCCUGCUUCUCCUGUUGAACAUCCGUGUGAAUCGUGUUUUUAUUCGUUAAACCGUUUUAUUUCCUAAAGAGCUAGUGAGACUGCCCCUGCUCCUCACGUUGGCUCGUCCCCUCGAGCCGCAGAGUUGUGAAUCUUGCGAUGUAUGUGCCUUAUUUUCUGUUGAUCUUGUUGAUGCGAAAGACCAGCCCCUGUUGCCCGAUCGCCGCGCGGGGGUGCGCGCUCCGGGGCCCCCCGAGCGCGCCCGCGAUCCGAGCAGAGUCCGCCGUCUUGUACCUGGUUUCCCGUGUUGUUUGAACUGAUGGAGGAUGUUCUCUUCAGACAAGUUACUGUUGUGUAUCCCGCAAACGUGUAAAAGAAAAGACGAGUUCAUUUUUUUCACCUUUUUUAGAUUUUUAAAAAAAAAAUAAAAUGUGUAAUCCUUUUUUAAAAGAAACACAUGUAAAUACAUUUAAGUAUUGUAGGCAUAGUGUUCGGAUGUGGCCGGCUCUGGGCCUUCUCGGAUCAGCCUGCAGCCGUGCGAUGCCCCCUCUCCGCGUGCGAUGCCCCCGUGCCCACCUCAUGCCCAGGGCCGCAGUCCCGCCACACGUGAACUCUACUUUUGCUUUCGGAACCACCUAGUCCUUUUGUAACAAAAAGAAAGAACAAUGUUUCUUACAAUGUCAAUAAAAAACGCUUUGUACUGAAA